AUGAACAAGACCAGCAACAGCUGUUGGCUUUUGUUAUUGUUCUAUCUUCAGCUAUCCCGGUGGGACGUGGAGAUACUUUUUAAUGCAACGCAUCUUUUCCUCAAGAAGGAGAAUACUUAGCAUUUGUCCAGUUGCCGUGAGAUAUUGCUCCGUUAAGAUGACUGACGGUGUUAUAGAAGUAUUUAAAGAAGUGGCACAGAUAAGCGAGGUAAAGAAAGCCAAGAUUCUUAAUGCUUCUCUCAAUGAAGAAACUGGUCACCACGACAUAUCUGUUCAGGUUGUCUGGAGCUGUCGUAAUUUGACAUCACUGGAACGAUCAUUCACAAGCACUGACUACCUUGUUCAGGGAGAAAAAGUAAUACCCUUCCAGCCUGUUCCAGUCAGUGAAAAUGUAGAGCUGAGUGAGACGAGUGCAACAGGGAAAUGGACAGCCUUUGUGGUGACCUCCGAGAAGAAGAAGGGUGAGCAGCAAGUGAUUGUUGUCAACCAAGAUGGCUCUAUGAAAACAUUUGAUCUUGAAGCUGCAGGAAAACAUGGAAAAGUGUAUGCAGAUGGUGAGUUUGGGUGCUUGGAGUGGUCAGCGGAUGAGACAAUGCUUGUGUAUGUUGCUGAGAAGAAGCGAGUUAAGCCAACAAGUUUCACAACUCGACCUAAGAGUGGAGAGGAGGACAGCCGAGGCCAGGAAUUCACCUUUCGAGAUGAUUGGGGGGAACAGCUACUUAGCAAGCAUCAGUCUGUCGUUUGCUUUCUGAACGUACAAUCGGGAGAGAUAAAGUGCCAGGAACUGGAGGAUGGUUUGUGCCCGGGCCAGCUGGUGUGGGCUCCAGGCGACGAUGGCAUCUUCGGAGUGGCCUUUGUCAGUAAACCCUACCGAUUAGGACUCUUAUAUUGCCACAACCGAGAAUCCAAACUCUUCCAUAUGGAUUUGGAAGGCAACUACAGUAUAAUUGAAGAGGGCGGAAACAUUCGAAGCCCUUGUGUAAGCCCCGAUGGAUCCAGCAUCAUGUACCUGUUCUCGAAGGUUGGUGGACCCCAUGCCAAGUGUGCCCAGCUGUGCCUUCUCUCCUGGCCUAACAAGCAAAAACGUGUUGUUGUGGAUGUUGUUCACCGAAACCAAGAAAUUGAAGAUGGCAAAAGCUUCAAGGGAAUUUAUGGUUAUGCGGGGCUGCCACGAAGAUGCUGGUUGAGUGAUAGUAAACGAUUUGUGUUUUCUUCCAUGAAGUUUGACAAUAUCGUUGUAUAUGUUGUUAAUGUUGAGUCUGGCAAGAUCACAGAAUUAACUCAUACCGGAAGUCAUCAGGUCGUGGACGUGUGCGACGACUGGGUGUUGGUGAACUUCUCGUAUAUCUGCCAGCCCACUCAGAUCUUGCUGGGCUAUAUCCCACAGCAGGGCCAAGAAAGUAAACUGAAGAUGAAAGAGGUGACGUGUCGUCGUGAGAUUCCCGGAGUGCCCAACCACUACCACUCUCAGUGGACGUUCAUAAACGACACGCCUCAUCCUGAUCCCAAGUACUCGGAUGUACCGGUCUCUGUCAUUUAUUAUGGCCCAACUUCUCUUGAAGAAGGUGCUGUGAAACGCCCAUUGAUUUGCUGGCCACAUGGAGGCCCUCACUCUGUUCUCACAAAUGUUUAUUCAAUGGCUGCAGCAUUUUUUGUCAAACUUGGAUUUUCCAUAGUUUUCCCUAAUUAUCGAGGGUCUCUUGGCUUCGGAGAAGAUGGUGUCAAUUGUCUACCUGGCUACUGUGGGGUGACUGAUGUAUCUGAUGUUCACAAGGCCACCAUAGAGUGUUUACACAGAUUUUCUGAGGUUUUGGAUGAAUCUCGUGUGUUCCUGUUCGGUGGAUCCCAUGGCGGGUUUCUGGUGACACACCUAGCAGCUCAGUACCCAGAAUUAUACAAAGCUGUAUCAGCAAGAAAUCCUGUCACAGAUAUUCCUGCAAUGGCUAAUGUAUCAGAUAUUCCCGACUGGACAUUUGUUGAAAGUGGCUAUGCAUACAAGCCAGGGCAAGUGCCAGACGGAGAAACACUUGGGAAAAUGUUAGCAAUAUCACCCAUCAGCCGCAUUGACUCAAUAAAGGCUCCCGUUCUGCUCCUGGUAGGCAAGAAUGAUGCGCGUGUGCCUCCUUCUCAGAGUCUAAACUUCUACAAGAUGUUGCUAGCUCGUGGUGUUGAAACAGAACUCCACCUGUAUGAUGACUGUCACCCUCUAAGCAAAGUGGACACGGAAGUGGACUCCCUCAUCCACACCGCCCUCUGGUUCCACAAACAUGAAUGUACAGCUUCGUAAAUAAUGAGCUGUACAUAUUAGCAGGUUUGCCUUCGUACCAAACAAGGAAUGGUGGUUGGCAGGAAGCCCAGCACAGCAGUAUUCCAUGAGGGACUGGGGACAUGUUCUCUUCCUACCUGGCAAAACCAAUUGUUGCCUUAUGUGUCCUAAAUCGAUUU